GGAAGAGGUUUUGCUAUACGUCGGUCGUUGUGGAUUAAUCGCGCGGGAGGAGAGAUUGGCUCGCGUAACUGAAACUCCUCCGCUCCGUCGAAUACUCUCCGUCUCCGUCAGCCACGCCUGAACGAGUCGCGUGUUCGAUUCGCGGGUUUUUUUACUUGAGAAGACGAAGAUGAAGCCUCUAAUUAAAACUAAGGAUAGUAAGCUAUCAGCAUCCUCGAGAGCAGCAGUGAAUAAGGUUCUAGACAGAAUCAAUGCUCGUGGCAACAAGAAGAGUGAUGAUACUGCACAGAACUGUGAUGCCGCAAAGGAUAAGGGGAAGCAAACCGUAACUGACAACGCUCUAGAGGACAGGGAACGUGGUCAGUUUGGUGGCUGUGAUCAUGAUGAUGGUGAUGAGAUGAAUGAUUCAGACUGGGAAGACUGUCCUAUUCCUAGUCCUGCCAAAUCGGUUUAUGUGGACGUUGAUGACAACAAAGAGUUAACCAUAGAGCUUGAUGAUUUGCCUCCUGAUGCCAAGAGGCAGAAGAACACUUACCGGGCAACAGCACAAGACAAGGAACGUGCGGAGCUUCUACACAAGGUUCACUUGCUCUGUCUGCUUGCAAGAGGGAGGAUAGUUGACAACGCUUGUAACGAUCCCUUGAUUCAGGCUUCCUUGCUUUCACUUCUACCGUCAUACUUGACAAAAGUACCAAAUCUAGGGAAAGUGACUGUUAGGGAUAUAGCUCCUCUUCUCCGUUGGGUUCGUGGAAACUUUGCUGUUAGGUGUACUCCAAGCUCUGAGAAGUCUUUUCGUACUUCUCUAGCAUUUGCUCUUGAAUCUCGUAGAGGCACUUCUGAAGAGCUUGGAGCACUCUCUGUUGCUUUGCUUAGAGCAUUAAAGCUUACAACUCGGUUUGUGUCUAUUCUUGAUGUUGCCUCCUUAAAACCUGGGGCCGACAAGGAUGAAUCUCCAGGUCAAAGCAGAGCUAAAACAAAGCGUGGGAUAUUCAGGAACUCAACUCUUAUGGUACCAAAACAUCAAGCCAUCUCAUCACACCCAAACAAAUCCUCUUCCCAUGUUGAGGAUAAGAGAGACAAUAAGGACAACUCAUCUUCUGAAGCAGGAACGUCAAGCAAAUCUGACGGGACAAGGAGGAGAGGAGAUGUCGAGUUCGAGAUGCAAUUAGCCAUGGCUUUGGCUGCAACUGCAACUGUAAACAACCAACAGAGUUCUAAAGCAACCGAGAAAAAGAAAACAACAAAAGCAAGUGAUGGCUUGUCGAUUUCUGACCAAGUAAUGUCCACAGCCUUCGGUUCCAAGAAAGUGGACUCACCUCUCUGUUGGGCUGAGGUGUACUGCAAUGGAGAAAACAUGGACGGGAGAUGGGUCCAUGUAGACGCUGUUAACGGAACAAUAGAUGCAGAACAAACGGUAGAAGCUGCAGCUUCUGCUUGCAAGAUGUUUCUUAGAUACGUCGUCGCCUUCUCCGGUGGUGGAGCCAAAGACGUCACUCGCAGGUACUGCACAAAGUGGCACACGAUCUCAUCAAAACGGGUGAACUCAUCGUGGUGGGAUAUGGUGUUAGCACCGUUGCGAGAGCUAGAGGCAGCCUCAAGCUUAAUCCCUCUUGCUAACAGUGCAAGUAGCUCGGCCUCUGGUGUGAGGAGUGCUGCUGAAGAUAUUGAGUUGGCUACUCGGGCGCUUACUGAGCCUCUUCCCACUAACCAGCAGGCUUAUAAGAGUCAUGAACUCUAUGCUAUUGAGAAAUGGCUUCACAAGAACCAGAUACUUCACCCAAAAGGUCCGGUUCUGGGGUUCUGCGCUGGUCAUUCGGUUUAUCCUCGGACCUGUGUGCAGACUCUUAGAACGAAAGAGAGUUGGCUUCGUGAUGGGCUUCAACUUAAGGCCAAUGAAGUUCCCUUAAAGAUUCUUAAGCGUAACGCAAAGAUUAGAAAAGUAAAAGAUUUUGGAGAUGGGAACAAGGAGAGUGAAGAUGGUUCUCGGUGCAUGGAACUAUACGGGAAGUGGCAGAUGGAACCAUUGUGUCUACCUCAUGCUGUUAAUGGGAUUGUGCCUAAGAACGAGCGUGGUCAAGUUGAUGUCUGGUCUGAGAAAUGUCUACCACCUGGAACAGUCCACUUAAGGUUUCCUCGAAUAUUUUCAAUUGCCAAGAGAUUUGGAAUAGAUUAUGCACCUGCAAUGGUUGGUUUUGAAUACAAGAGUGGACGUGCUACUCCUGUUUUCGAAGGUAUUGUGGUCUGUACCGAGUUCAAAGAUGCAAUCCUUGAGGCAUAUGCAGAAGAACGAGAAUUGAGAGAAGAAGAGGAGAGAAGAAGAAACGAAGCACAAGCAGCUUCGAGAUGGUAUCAGCUUCUUUCAUCUAUCUUAACCCGUGAGAGGUUGAAGAACCGUUACGCCAAUAAUUCAGAGGAUGAUAUUGUCAAAACGAGGAGUUUGGAAACGAAACCAGAGACGGUCGUUAGGGAGGAGAAUGUAAAAACGCCUAAAAAGCAAGGAGGGGUUAAGAGAGGAAGGUCAGGAGGAAGAAAGAGUCAUAGUGAAGAUGAAAACUAUGAAGGUGGAGAUGGAGAUGGAGAUGAACAUGAGCAUGUGUUUCUUGAUGAGGAAGAAACCUUUGAUGAGAAAACCUCUGUAAAAACCAAACGCUGCAAAUGUGGCUUUUCUGUCCAAGUGGAACAAAUGUAGACAAAUGUCGAUGCAUGAAAAUGUAUGGUUUGUGGAGACAAGAACUAACCAUUUAGGUAUGUUUCAGUUUCAAAAACAAGGAUUCAUUAUCAGAAACGUAAUUUUUUUAUAAAAAAAUCUGAAAAGUGA